AAACUCGAACAGUUACCGUUCCGGACGCGUAACGAUAGCAGCAGAAUCCGAGGCUGCUAACGUGGCUAAAAGCCAAUCAGAAACAACAGUAGCGAACGAACUCAGAUAAAUAAAAGCCCAGUGGAAAAAAGGCGAAACUCGCACAGUUGAUUGCCGGCAAAGUGCGGGAAUAAACAAAUAGGAAAUACAAUUAUUUGUUCCAGGAAAAGUGCGAACAAACACAAGGUGUUUUCCCAGUGCAAGUGUGAAACUCAAACAAACUUUUUAAUUGAUGAAUUAAUAAAUUAAGGCUCGAGAAAAGGCUCGUCAGCGAACGACUACUUUUUAAUGGACAUCACCACAAGAACAAGAAAAAGACCAAUAAUAAUAAUAGCCGGCAGGAAGGGCGAAGGACCAGCGUCAUCAUGAUCAUGAUCAUGACCACCGUCCUGUCAACGUGAAAUGCAACCGAAAUUCAAAAAGUUGUCGUGCCAUUUCUGAGCGGAGGACCUGCCCACAGAGACGCCACAGAAACACAAAAAUAAAAGGAACAAGGAACCCGAACAACAAAAAUCGUAUAAAUAUAGGGGAACGGAGAAAAUGAAGUCUGUCAUUCUAUAUCCAUACGGACCGCUAACGGGCGGCACACGUUGUUGCCGCAUGUUGCAUGCCAAAAAUUUGGCCAUAACAAGUGCAAUUUACACAAUUAAUAUAUCACUUUUAAUUGUGCUGAUAUACUCGUGGCGCAUCAAUGUCAACAUGCACAAGUCGAGCGACCUGCAGGAUGUCUACUACGGUGUGCAAAUAGCGUAUUUUGCCAUUAUUGGCACACAAAUGUCCAUGAUAUUGCUCAGCAUAGUGCUAAUAUUUGGAAUAUGUCGGGAGAACCCCGGAUUAAUCGUACCCUGGAUAAUUGGCUAUAUAACAUUUAUGGCCCUGGAAGCUGUCGCCAUGGUCUACUCCAAUGUGCUGCGCGAUCAUGUAAAUAAGCAAUUUGAUGCCAUGUGCAAAGCAGAGGUUGCCUUCUUUAUAGCCCGAGCUUUGAUCAAUGUGCUGGCCAUGUGGGGAGUUCUGCGCUUCUACAAUUUGGUUCGCUCUGGAAUUACCUGGCGGGGUCCGGAGGCUAAAACUGCAAUUUUCGCGCCUAUGUACAAAAGCGUCAAUACCAACAAGCCGCACACAUACACUUACAGCAAACGGUCGCGGCGCCGCCAUAGCAUCGAGGCCACUUCCGGCGGAUGCUGCGCCAUCUUUGAUUUCGAUUUCGAGUACGAUGACGAUAACUAUGACGACGACGAUGACGACGAGGCGGCCGCCUUUGGCGAUGGCCUGGAUACAGAGGACGAAGUGGGCUACGAUUAUGAUGAUUACUACGAUUACUACGACGACGAGGAAAUGGCGGAGCAACAGCAGAAGGAGCUGCACAAGGACGAUGCCGAUUGCAGUAUGCUGGGCGCCACGAAGACUAGACGACCACGAUCCGCUGUGGUGAAGGUCAAGGGUCAUCGGCGUACCAACAACAACAUACGCAGCGUGCUGAUCAACAAGCGGCACAACAAAUACAAAAUAGCCCGGCCCCAGACCCAGCUGGAGGUUAUCAACGAGUCGGAGCGGAGUGCGGGGAGCGGCAGCGACGAGAACGACUCUCUUUUGGUGGCCUAUGACAGCAGCUCGUCCCUGGCGUCGGUUUGACAUUGGCCGCCGCCAUGUAAGUCCGGAAGCGGAAAUGGAAAUGCAGCCAUUGGGUCAUUGCGAGGUGACGCCAACCAAUCGAAGCCUAGCGGAAGAUCCCGAUCAAGUGCUUACAGCAAAAGCGGAUCCGAAACCGGAAGCGACGACAGCGACGAUCCUGACGAGGGCCAGCGUCUGGAGCCUGGCUGGGCGAAUGACCUCACCUUCGGUGGUCAAUGUUGUGGUCAGCGUCAACGCCGACGUCCACUGCGACGCGUCUACUGCGCUGUGAAUCUGUCCAUAAUGGGCCUCCUGGUGGCCGUGGAGAUCUACGCCCAGGUGGCCAUAUUUUUGUAGAUCUUAAAUCACAAAUAAAAGUCUAUAAAAAAUAUUUUAAUUUAAUGGAUAUAAAUAUCAUUUAAUAAAAUGUACUAAAGUUUUAGUUAGUUUGGCUGUAAAAUUAAAAAAAAAAAAUACAUUUCAAUGCUUGUUCAAAUGGUUAUGAAGAAAAAAUCAUAAUAAUUAUGGCAAGAGUUUUUAAUUUAAGUGUUCCUCAUUCAAAAACACUAAAAAUCUACAAACAUUUUUUAUAAUUUAUCCAAAUGUGAUUGCUUUCCUAUUUUUCUAAUAACCACUCUAAAAAAACAUAUUUUUAUGUUCAACAAAUACGAAAAAUAUACUUUGUAGCUAGAUUUUAGCUACUUUAGCCCAAACUCAAAUUUCUUAAAUAAUUAAAACAAUAAUAGAAGUAAUAUAUAAACAAAAAACAAUCUUAAAGUAAAAUUUAAAGUAAAUGCUUUGCCCAACAGAAGCUCUGAAAGAGAAGCCCACGCGCCAAACCAGAAUCGAUGCAAAGAUAAAGAUACAUUUUGUGCAUUUCCCAGAUAAAAGCUUUAAAGUUAUUCAAUGGAACUAUAUGUCUAACUAUAGAAGAAUUAAAAAACCAGUCCCGGAGAAAUGUAACAGCAACAAUAAACAGAAAUUUCCAUUAAAGUUAACCAAUAAACGUUCAAAAUGUUUAGAGAGUGCAUAGGAAAAUACUUUGUAAAUACCUGCAGCUAUUUCCAAUCGAUAUCGAUGACGUGAAUAUAAAGAGUAAGCCACAAACUAAAUAGUAAUCAUAUCUAUAAAUGUUGUACAUACAUACUAUACCUAUAGGGAGUAAUCUUAAGUACAGUUGCGCCAAAAAAGAAAAACCAAAACUAGACAGCCAGUUCGAAACUAACCAAUAAAUGUGAGUUGAUGUAUACCUUAACGUAAACCCAAUAAUAAUAAAUAAACAAUUGAUUUUUGUGAAGA